CGCAAAACUGUUAAAUUACACAGUUUUCGUUGCAUUAAUAUGUCUGUGUUAUUUGUGUACGUUAAACCUGGUUUACGCGAUCAAGAUGUCGGAAGAAAUUAAUUUGGAAGCAAGCAGCAACCUCUGUACGACAGAAGACGCAUUCGAACAAUUUCAAGCCGCUUCUAUUUACGAAGAAGAAGAAGAAUUUAUCACACUCUCCGAUAUAGUGCCGCCUACGCCAGCGGUUCCCGAUUUGCAUGCUGACUUAGGUGAGAUUCCUUUCGCCGAUGAAAUUGAGUUAACGCCGUGUUCGGACAGUCAACUUAGCCAAAUAAACAGUAAAUCGGUACCGGAUACUGAACAAAUUACGUGCCCAGAAAAUGCCGUGGACGUAGAACCAAAAGUGAAUGAAGAAAUUCUCACGCAAUCGUCUAGGCCAAAAAGGGAUCGAAAACAGAAAUUACCUUACCCAGACGAAGAUGUCUCAUUAUCUUUGGACGACGACAGUGCCCAAGGUUAUCGCAAAUUGCUUGCUCCAGUUCGUGGUCGAAGAGGUAGAAAACCUAAAAUUGCCAAAACUAACCAAGACCAAAAUGACAUAAAUCUGCCAGUGGUACUCGAGACUGACACCUCUUUGUCAAAAACACCAAAAUUAACAAAAAGAGGCAGGAAAAAGAAAACUGUGAAUAUAUCAUCUGACUUAAAAUUAGAAGAACCGGUAAAGAAACCAUUAAAACAAUAUACACCUAAGAAAAUGACACCUGAAGAAGAAACAUCGGCAUUGUUACAAACACUCAAUGGACAAGAGAACAUAUCGGCCGAGUUAAGUCAUGCUGAUGACAUACCAGCAGAGAAGAGUAAGGCAAAAAGAAAAAAAGUAUCAACUCUAACUGAUCAACAAAAACAAUUGCCCCCUGUUGAUUCUACAGCCACUGAUCCAAAAGGGGAUACUGUUGAAAGUGCUUUAAGUGAACUAUUUGGCAUUAAUAAUAAUGAUGCAACUGAUGCCAAAACAUCUGAGGCUCUUCCCAAGAAAGGGCGCACUAAAAGACAAUCUUCGACAAGUACAUCAGAACAACUGCUGGAAAAUAAAAACAACACUUCUGACAUUGGUGUAACUUUCACUGUUCCUAAAAAGCGUGGCCGCCCAAGAAAGAAUGUUGAAAAAAAGGAGCCAGCUGAUACUGACAAAGAGACUAAUAAAGUCAAUGCUUCUGAUGAUGAUUUAGAGGAUGACAUGAGUUUAAGUACUUUAAGCCAAAAAAAUUUUACUGCAAAUCUACAGAAAGAAGUUGGAGAAAUAUCUGAAAAUGUAAAAGUAGAUGACUCUCAGGAUAAUGCAGAUAUUAAGACAAAUGAUUUAGCUUUAAAUAAAAUUGAGACAACACGCGAAGAUGAUUCUGAAGAUAUAGUAGUUGACGAUAGUGACCCUCUGGAAAAACCUCCUUGUAGUGAGGAUGACAAUGAAACAAAGACAGUAGAUACACUUGCUAAAAGGAGUUCCAAAGUUCCAUUAAAGUCUGAUUUCGAAUAUAAUAUUGACAACAUUGUUAAAGAAAAUAUUAACGAAAAUCAACAACAGGAGGAAGGAGAAGAGGCAGACAACUCCCUGCUAAUUGAAGAUAGUUCAAAAAGACCUGUGCGAAGGAAAGUGAAACAAAAUACACAUUAUGAAGAAGAAUCUGAUGAAGAUCCUUUUGCUAACAUCGAAUUAUCUGAUGACGAUGAACCUAGAGGACGACGGAAACGAUAUUGUUCUGAUGAUGAAUAUGUACCAGAAUUUAAUGAAAGUAAAAAGAAACGAGGCAGAAAACGAAAGUCAUAUAUCGACACUGACAGUGAUUCGGAAGAUUUGGAUGCUGAAGAUCUUGAACUUCCUGAAAGAAAUAGUCGAAAAAGAAAAACAUGUAAGAAACUAAAACAGGACAUAUUUCCCGAUAUAAAUGUUACCACUAUUUCUCCACAAAUUAAUUUACUUCAAGAUGAAGACGAUAUUGAAGUUUGUUUACAAUCUUCAAUAAUAAAAACAAAUGAGGAUACAAGUGAAAAAUUGGGUUGGAGCUCCUCUGGCUCGCAUGCAUUCGAAAACUUUAUUGCGAAGAAAAUACAGGGAACUAAUUUGCAAAUAAAGAAGGUUUCUUCUAAUGAGCCUUUACAUAACACUCCUUUAGAAAUUCCAGUAAUUGACCCAGAUGCAAAGAAAUCUGUAGAAAUUUGUACACAAACUAAUAUAAUUGAAACCACAAACACUGAAGCGCAAACAAAUACACCAUAUGAAGUUCCUAUGACAAAAAAUGUUGCUUUGACAACAAUGCAAUCUGAGAAAGCCUGUGAAUUUCUACAAAAUAUCAUUAAAACUACGUCUGAACUUGGUCAGUUAAUGACUCAAAAAUCUGAAGAUUUCAUCGCUAAGAAAAUUAAUACAAAAAACGUUACAGACACGUUUAAGAUGGAUUAUUGCGUGCAGAAAUCAUUUUUAUUGUUUAAACUGGCAAAAAGUAAUUUGAUCCAAAUGGAGGAAGAUUUAGCGAAACAAUAUGAAGAAUUUUUGAAGGUUAACAAUCUAUCGGAAUGUAGAGAGGAACUAAAAAAGGUUAUUCCAUCAGAUAAAGUGACAGACAAUGAUAGUGAUUGCGAAAUUGUUGAAGAAACGCCAUCGCCACUUCAAAAGAAAACUUUUCCGCCUAAGUUUAAUCCCAAGACUGUGUUUCUCAAUAAAGAGUUGUCAAUCAAGAUCGCAAAAAAACCGUCUGCAGCGACAAAUAAAGCUAAAGCAUGUAAAGAUAAGCUUAAUCUACAGGGUAAAAAAUCUGUAUGGCUUAGUAACUCUGUGAUGGUGAAGAAAGUCAAUCCUACGCAGUCUUUUUUAGCCCAGGACGGCCGAAAUAAAAAACCUCCUGAUUGUUAUGUGACUAAUAAAAUGGUUCAUGAUUUUUUUGAAGAUUAUUAUCGUCAGCAAGCUAUAAAAGCUUGUGCUCCUUUUACAUCAAAAGAGUGGCUUACUAUUGAUCAGAACUAUAUUUGUGCCUAUUUCUUUGUAAAAUCUGAUAAGUUCAAAGAAAAUACAUCCAAUUUCGACAAUUUUAAUGACAAUUUCAAUCACGAAUCUGGUGAAGACAGUGAUUCUGCAGAAGGUGGUAUAAGUGAAGUUGCGAAAAUUACAGUCACAAGAGAAAUUUCAAGUCCUGCAAGUCUCUUAUCAAUAUGCAUGAAAACUCUCCAGAAACGUUUGACCAUUUUGAAUCACAGCAGAGUAGAUAGUCAUAGUCAAGAAGUAAGUAAUCCUUUUGCUGACGUCACAAUCCCCGAAAGUUUACUUCGGCUUUGUUUAAAAAGUAUAUCUGAUUAUUCUUGCAACACGUUAGAAUGUUGUUCGUCCAUAAUGAAUGUUAACAUUGAAGAUACAUUUUUAACUGAAGAAAAUUUAAAUGAAGCCCAUUUUUCAAUAAGCAGUGGCAGCAUACACGAAAAUGAAUACAUCCCUGAAAGUUUAUUUCGUCUCUGCUUAAAUGUAGUAACAAAAAACUUUCAUGAUAUUAAAAAUGAUCCUUUAUCGUCCCUUCAAACUAAGUGUCAUGAGCCUUUGGAAGACUUCGACGAAGAUGUAAUGUCACCUUUCUCAGAAAAUAGUGUCGAUUCGGGAAAAAUUAUGGACUAUCGUGAUUUGUUUCCUGGGCAGUUGAAUCCGCGUGUUAAUUAUACAACAACACAUAGCCCUCAACCCUUAAAAACAUUGUGCUACAAGACACUCACUGAUUUACUAUUUGUCGCUACAGAAGUAGCAAAUAAUGAAGACGUUAUGUUAUUUUACUCCGACUCAAAAGAACAGUCUAACCAAAGACAUUUCACAGAAACUAAUAUUGAACAAAAUUAUUGUAACAAAUCAGUGCACUACAACUUUGACAAUAUUAAAAUAAUACCAAUGCGUCUUUCUUCAGUUGCCAAAAACGGGAUUAAAUCGUUGUUCCAUUUAUGUGUCAAAAAAAUGCAAGAAUUUCUAUCAUCAUCUUAUUCUAAAAUCUAUGUUGAUGAUGAUACAGAACUUAAGAAAACUAUGCCUUAUUAUACUCCAAAAUCAUUAAAAAUCAUUACCCUGGAGUUCAUUUGCGAUAUUCUUUGCAACAACGCAGAUGAUAAGCUAAAAGAAUGUCAUAUUUCUUAUAAGGAAACACCCGAAUUGACGCCGGUAGUUGUAUAUGAUGUGAAAAAAUUAGCCACCAUUUGCUUGGAAACUAUAUUAUUACUCACCCAUUAUAGUAUUAACAAGAACUGUGUCCAAAAAACUUCAGAGUUGACAAUAAAUUCCGUAAACACCUUGACAGAAGAAGCAUUUCACAACAUUGAAAACGUUUAUGAUCGAGGUUGUGAAGAAAAUUCUCCGUUUGCUGAAGAUGGAGAAGCAAAUUUUUACGACGAAGAUGGAUUUGAUCCUAUAUUCGAUGAAGAACUCAAUGCAGGAGACAUACAUUCUGAAACAAAUGAAAAUAACAGUUGGGCAACCCAGGUGCAAAUGAAGGAAUUAAAAUCCUGUAUUCUUAAAGUCAAUAGUCAGAAGCAAACAAAAGAUGACGAGAGCUGUGGUGAAGAAGAACAACCAAUUAUUAUGCAAGUUAAGCUUGAACCUUUAGAAUCGAUGGAAGAGCAAAAUGAGUGUGAAAAUCCAAUACAUCCUGUUAUUGUUAAGACAGAACCUGCCCUACCCCCUGAUGAAAUGAUUUCUAUUCCUGAAAAUAUAGUUACUAAGCAGGAAUUUCAAGACGAUACCCAUGCAAGAGAUGUUUUACAGCGCUAUGAUAGUUCGUGUUUUGACGUGGUUGCUUUUGAAAGGUUCGUUAGCACGAACAAAUUAAUGCACCCUUUAAACGAACCAAAUGACGAAAUUUUUAGUCAAAGUGCUUUAAGGAUUCGAAGACAACACGAUCCGGAUUAUAUCAAUGAGUAUGAUCCCAGCAUGAGCUUACUAAUACCGCAGACUUUUGAGCCUUUGAAUAUAGAAACCGCUAAGGACAAGCUUAUGGAAAGUAGCACGGAUGAUGAAGCACGCAAUGCUAAUAAAAUUGCAACAAAGAAAAAACAUGAAAAAAGAGGCAGACCUAGGAAAAAGACUGUUGAAAAACAGUCAAAAACACACAUAGCUGAAAAACAAUCAAAAACACAGGCAGCUGAAAAACAAUCAAAAACACAGGCAGCUGAAAAAAGUAAAGAAAAACCUGCACCGCUUCCACCACUCCCUCCUCUUAAUGAACUGGCAGUGUUGACCAGAAGGAUGCGAGAAAAAAUAAGACAAGAAGAAAAGAAAAUUGAAUCUUCUGAUUCUGAGAAUGAAAAUGUUCCACUAAGUGUUAAGAAAAGUAAAGAUAAAAAAGCAGGCAAUGAAAGUGUAAAUACUCCCAACAAUAAAAAAAUCACAGAUGAAGAUAUUCAAUGCAAUGAUAUUGACUCAACUGAACAAAUUGAAACGCCAAGUGAUGAAGUUAUAGCAGACACCGACAGUCUAAAAAGCUUUACGGGAUUCUCUGCUGUAGACCAAAACGCAGUUGCAAGUUAUCAAAAAUAUAUGAAGUUUGUAUACGAUAAAAUUAUGCCAAAGGAUGCUGAGGUAAGUGAAAACAAAACUACCUCAGCAAAUGUAUCGACCGCCAACGAAUGUGGUAGUGAUAGAGCUGAAUCUCCUCUAAUCAAUUUUGAAGACCCUGUGGAAAUGGUAGAGUGUGAGCCUACCAUGCCAAUUUUCGAUGAAAAUGAAAUGAGAGUAAAAGUACAUAAAAAAACUAAGGCCAAAGCUGUGCCGGAGGCUGAACAGAGCACAAGCAACGUAGAUGUACAUAAAAACAAAGAAUUUCAAAAAAAGGGACAAAUAAAUGAAGUUCCUGAUUCAGAAUAUAUAGAACGCGAUGGUUGGAAUUGUUAUCCAAUCGCUAAAAACGAAACAAAGCUUUACCAGACCCCUAUGUUAAUCUUGGAAAAAUUGCCAGAAAGUUUUGUAGAAACAUAUUUCCAAUACCAAAACAUCUCGAGUUUUCAUAAGGAGGACGAAGAAGUGGAUCGGCUCAUAAAUUUGAAUACGUUAGGUAGAUCAACCAAUCUUAAAGAAGCCAAAGGUAAACCGAGAAGUAAAGCUAAAAAUACGAUAGAAUCUGAGAAGAAUUGUGACACCGCCAAAGCUGUAAGCCCAACUUUUUCUGAACCCUUAAAUGAAUUCUCACCAUCCGAAGAUGAGGGAGUGAAUGUUGAUGACGACAUUUCAAUGAUGGUUACAACUAACCAAGCAGCAUCGGAGAACAAUUUUGCCAAAAAUUCUCUUAUGAACGACAGUGAUUCUGACAAUCCAAUAUCAAAAAUUAAAGAUGAAGUUAUUGACGAAGAUAAACCAAUUAAGAAAAAGAAACACAAAAAUAAAACUCCGGAAAAGAAAGUUGAGGAUCCUGAGAACUUGACAUUGACUGCAGACAAGAUGAUGAAAAAAGAACUUCAUUUAUUGCACGCACCGGUAAACAUGAAUGUUGAAGUACCGGAAACCAGUGGAAAGGGACAGAUUUCUCAUAAGAGUAAGAAGAAAAGCGGGUCAAAAAGCUGCUCCACUCGAGAUCGCAUCAAAGGCGACGAUGAUUUGUCGGAUGAAGAGAAGCAGUGGGUCUAUACAAAAGAGAAACUAUUAAAAAGAAUGGAAAAGAAACAGGAAACCGCCAUAAUGGACGACGCUAAGCGCACGAAGCUAGUCAAUGAAUUUAUCGUGAGGCGCGAGGAAGGCAAAGGACGAAGGAACCAGCGAUUGCUUGGCCGCGUUAAAGGAAGGAACUCUAGACAGAGAUUAGAGAGGGAGAAACAGUUAAGAGUAUUAUCACAUGAGCUGUAUGGCGAACCGUCCCAUUCAACGAAAAGACAAGGACAAAGUUUGUUUACAGGUCGUCGUAAUAUUAGAAAGGUUAUAGAUAAAAAAUCAUUAGCCAGGAGCACAGUGAUCGCAAAUAUGGAAGAAUUCGAAAGAAAACGCAGAUUAAAUCAAAGGCAAACAAAAUUGAGAGAAUUACUCGGAGUAGAGGAAGGUGUAAACGUAUUGGUGAUCAAUGAUGAAGUAUGCCUCGAGUAUGACUUGGAAAUGCAGCAGCCCGUCGUCACUGUUCAUUCCUUUUUCACUAAAGUCAUGAAGGCGCAUCAGUACGAGGGGGUGAAGUUCAUGUGGGACGCUUGCUUCGAGUCCCUGGCGAGCGUGGAGGCCGGCCAUCCAGGCGGCGGAUGUAUUCUCGCGCACUGCAUGGGGCUCGGCAAGACGCUGCAGGUGCUGGCACUGUUGCAUACGGUGCUAACACAUCCUCGGGCCGGUAUGCGCAGAGUGCUCGUGUGCUGCCCUCUGUCGACCGUGCUCAACUGGGUCGACGAGAUCCACAAGUGGAUUACGCCAGUCACUAACGAAAUUAAGGUCUUCGAGCUAUCCAAAUUAAAGAAGACCUACGAAAGAGCGUUCCAACUCGAAGAUUGGUACACCAGAGGAGGGAUAUUCAUAAUUGGUUACGAGCUCUUCCGAAGUUUGAGCACAUUGGACCCGGAGUUGGACGAUGUUCGGCCAACGAUUAUAAACAAAAUCCGCACGGCCUUGUUGGAUCCCGGGCCGGAUAUAAUUGUUUGUGAUGAAGGACAUCUCCUAAAGAACGACUGUUCAGUGCUUGCUGUGGCCAUGAGCCGCGUGGCGACCAAACGCCGCAUCGUACUUACCGGUACACCGAUGCAGAACAAUCUGCGAGAGUACUAUUGCAUGGUCAACUUCAUUAAGCCGAACCUGCUUGGUACUUAUUCUGAGUAUUCUAAUAGAUUCGAAAAUCCAAUAAUGAACGGCCAACACCGCGACUCUAUAGAAGCCGAUAUAAAACUAAUGAAAGAGAGAACGCAUAUUCUACACAAAGUCCUAGAAGGCUGUCUUCAGCGACAAGAAGCAUCAGUCCUUUACCCGUAUCUACCAUCGAAACAUGAAUACACGUUAUUCAUAUCAUUAACUCCCGUGCAAUGGGACUUGUACAAAUACUACGUACAGAACUAUGCAAAUCAGAACAAACAGUGUGUGCUAAAAGACUUUCAUGUGCUGCAAAAGAUCUGGUCUCACCCUCAAGUGCUGCAUAACUUCCAGAUGAAAGCAAGAAAUCAGAUUGUUAACAAACUUGCCACAAUGAAACCGGAAAAGUUAGAAGACGAUCUCGCCCAAGCGGACCUUGCGGCCUCGGAAGACAUAAAACCCGAAGAUGUGAAACCAGGAGACAUGGACAGGUGGUGGCUGGAGUACCUCGACGGAGGCAAUAUGCUCGACUCGUUAGACAGCUCCAAUAAGUUCGUUGUCGUUUUUCGCAUUCUGGAAGAAUGUAUAUCGCUUGGUGAUAAAGUACUUAUAUUCUCAACAUCUCUUUUCACCAUGGACUCUUUAGAGUACUUUUUGAAAAAGAUAAACAAGUGGAGCUUAGGCCAAGAAUACUACCGGCUAGACGGAAGCGUGCCCGCCGAGGUGCGGCAAAAGUGGUGCCGUGAGUUUAACGCUGAGAACAAUCAUAAGACCAAAUUAUUCCUUAUCUCAACCCGUGCGGGUUCACUGGGUUUGAACAUGGUGGCGGCCAACCGCGUCAUAAUCCUCGACACGUCAUGGAACCCAGCCCAUGAUAUACAGAGUAUAUUCCGAGUUUAUCGCUUUGGACAGAAGAAGGAUUGUCACAUCUAUCGACUGGUUGCUAUGGGCACAAUGGAACAGAAGAUCUAUGAGCGAUCUGUGUCGAAACAGGCGGUGGCGUGCCGCGUAGUCGAUGAACAACAAAUCGAGCGGCACUACAACAUGGCUGAGCUUACAGAACUCUAUCGAUAUGACGAGAGUGGCUUAGGCGUAGCUGGUGGCGUAGCAGCGGGCGUGCGCGAUGUAGCACUGCUACGCGUAGCUCGCUUGUCAGCGCUACACGCAGUCCACGAGCACGACUCGCUACUACGCGGGUCCGCCGAGCCUUCGCUGCCGGAGGACGAACGCGCAGCUGCCUGGAUGCAGUUUCAAGAGGAACACGCUCACAAACAGCGGCAAAAUCAGCUAACAUCAGGCCAUCUCAAACGCAACAAACCAGUAAAAACAGUAAAUGACCACGAUUACCAGCUGCCGCUACCCGAAAUACCCGAAUCAUCUCAUUUACUCCAAUACCCGCAACUUUCUAAUUUAACCGAAAUCAAAACAGACACUUCAACCGCAGUGCCAGAACCUAAACAUAAAAAACGCAAGAAACCAAUCAAACUUAAAAUAUCUUUACCGCCUGCCCCACAAGUACUUGAACAAAACAAAGAAGCUAAGUCCAUACAAGAUGGAAUGGUAAAGAAAAUUAUGGACAUUCUCGUUAGUCGCAACCAAACUCAAAAUGCACAGGAAAUAACCAAACUAGUCGCUAAAGUACGAAAAAUAGUUGCUUUCGGACAAAUUGAUCAGGAAAGUUUCGAAGAUGAAGUGACACAAACUGUAGCAAAUGUUUUACUUGGUAAGGAGCCUAUGCCUCCGACAACUGUUGCAAUGCCACAAGAGACCGCUCCUAAGCCACCCGUGAGCGACGUUAAAACUGUAAAGGACGUUAAACAAAAGAGAGGAAGAGGUAGGCCGAGAAAACCUGUACAUAAAACACUGGAAGAAACUUCAGCUGAAAUUAGACAUGAAAAAUCUGUGAAGAUAUGUGAAAAAAAACCUGAUGCACAUGAGGAAGAAAAAAUAGAAGACGGCAAAAAUCGCAGAAAAGCCGCAAUUGUAGCCAAGAAACAAAUAAAUUCAAUUGACGACGAAAUAGUUGACUUGGAUGCGGACGACGACUGGCCAGGCGCUAGCGACAACGAUUAUACUCCUGAACAAAUUACACCUAAACAAAAAACUGAAAAACCAAAACCAAAAUCGAAGAAAGAACAACAUAGAACUGUGGAACCUGAAAAAGAACAGGACAUUGUGAAAAAAGAAUUAAACACUGAAAUAAAUAGUAUACUAUUGAGUGACGAUGAUGAUGCUCCGGUUCAAAAAUCGACAAGUAAAAGUGAAAAAUUAAAAGCUACUGUGGAUGCGCCAAUUCCAUUACAUCCUUCACUAUUAAGUAAUAAGAAUUUCAUAAAGAUUAUAGCGCAUACGUAUCUCGAGGGUAAUUCUAGUUUGGAUGAAGAUGCGGCUACUUUAGCAGCUCAGUACAGUGCUUUGAAGGCUCAGAAGGAGGUUGAAACAACUGGAAAACCGAUUGACAGCGGACCUAUUUACGACAUCGCCUUUAAGGUACUUGGUCCAGAUAUUAUAGCGAAACUCUACAAAACGAAUUCUAAAACAGUGACAAAGUGUGAGCCGUCCAUAUCAAGAAUCAGGAAUGAUUCACAAGAUAAGCCAAUAGCUAAAUUAAAAGCCAAAACUAUUGCGGAGUUGACUGGUAAAACCAAACCACCAACUCCACAAAAAGAUAUAAUACCUGAGUCUCCUCAAAUAAAGGCGCAAGUACCGCAAGCGAAAGUGAAGAAAUCCAAAACAAAUCCUGGGUUCGCGAAAAUAAUGGCGACGGGAGUUGCUAUGUCUGCCGCUGGAUCUUCUGAGACUACUGCUUCGCCUACUGUCGUGCCUAUUGGAAUGUUUGCAAGAGCACACAGCAUAGCAGAGACAACUCAAAUAUCCACACAACCGAAAGAAGAAAGCAUAUUACCUGACGACGACGUCAUCAUCAGUGACAAUCUUACACCCACUAUAUCGGAUAAUCUAGCUCCGAAGAAUAAGCAUCUCCUUCCAGUCAAUAAAGUGACAUCACAAGGACCUCCAAUACCGAAAAUAAAAAUCUCAAAAGGCAAAAUAGUGCUAUCCCCUUCUUUAGUUAUACCACCAGCAAAUACCACUGUACAGAAACCCAGUGUUGUUUCUGAUACUGCAAGUGAUACGAUCUGCUUAGAUAGUGACGAAGAAGAAACUAUCACCCCUACUGUGCAACCAACUUCAAACGCUCGUAAAUUAGUAGCGGUGAAAUCUACUGCUAAGCAACAGCAACCUGUGCCUGUACAAUUGACAGCGGCGAACCCGAUCAAUCCUGGACAACCCCAGAUUAUUCCUGAAUCAAUACCAACUUUACAAACUGGAGUCAUUAAUCUUGGAAAAUCCCAAAAUGCGAAUUUCGUUGUAAUCCCAGCAUCGCAUGCCAGUAAACUUACCAAACUACCUCAGGGCUCCAUACCACCCAAUGUGAACAUUUCAAGACUCUUUGUUGGCUCGCAAAACACCGCAGUCCCAAUGCAGAUACCAAAUAACGUUAAUUUGCUAAAUCCUCAUUUAGACGGCUUACUAAGCUCAAAAAGUGUGAUAAUGAAUCAAAUGCCCCAAAACCUCAACUUUGUCAACCAAAUACCUCAAAAUCUGAACAUGUUGAAUCAAAAUUUGAAUGUUGGACCUCAAGCAUCGUCCUUCACCUUACAACCUCAAAAUAUUAACAUAGUUGGUACUAUCCCGACAAAAGUAAUUACAGCCCCACAGAUAAUUAGCUCGCCGAUAGGGACUAUAAACCUUGGAUCAAUAUCAACCACGGGUACUUCCACUCAAAAUGUAAGCAGUUCAGAAUCAAUACUCCCAACUCUUCCGUCUAAGACCUUGUCAAAACCAGGACCUGCGUCUAGCAAAGCUAGAAACAAAACCCUAUGCAAACCGGGUGAUAUACUGCGUAUCACAAAAACUGGUCAAGUGGAAAUUCUCAAUAGGGAUGAUAAUGAUGCUGCAGUGGGCCAGCUUAAAGCAACUACAUCAAAGAAACAAACAAAUGACCCUCAAACCUCAGUCUCACUGUCGGACGACGAGGAACCUGAACGAGUUUCUUCAAAAUUUAGCAAGGUCGAAAGCAAAACGAAAAAAACAAAAAGAUCUCGUAAAAUAUCUUCAUCGAGCAGUAGCAGUGACAACAGUUCAAGACCAUCUAGUCCAAAUGAUCCUUUAUCUAUAUUGAAAGACGUUGUGCACAUUCAAGCAUCAGAAGAUCCUUUCCCCGUCGAAAAUACGCCGACAAAAUCAAAUUUACGACCGGAAAAGGUUGUCGGAAGCACUUCAACAAAGAAGUCGGCAUCUUCAACACCUUCUAAAGCUACUAGAAGUCAAAAUGAUCCUAUGCCUAAAGUGUCACAAGCUAAAAAAGAUAAAAUUUUAGAUCAAAUCAAUAAAACUAAUACAGUGUUAAUGAAAUUGAACGAUGUAUUUGGGCCGGCGACUGAGGGAAAAGGAAAGAAUCAGAAUAUAGGAAAAAUUGAUUCAGUAGAUCUGACUGACGCAACUCCUUCCACGAGCUCUGUCCUAGACAAACUGAGUAGGGAUAUAAAGAUUGGUAAAGCGUCAAACAAUACUCCUACUAAGAUAGUCGGCACCUCGAAGAAUAUCAUUCUAACAGGCAGUGGAAAAGCUACGGUGGCAUCUGUAGAGAACCAGGCAAAGAAGUCGAUUCGCGUGACUAACGUUGAAAUCAUGCCGGCGACACCCGCCUUCAAAUCUUGGACGGUUGCGAAGAAACGCUCCUCGACUGCCUCAACUAGUGCCGCUAAAAAGAAAAAGACAGGCUCGGCUCUAGAUGACCUGCGGUUCUUCAACUGCGACGAUGAAAAUGAUAAUUCUAACAUUGACAUGAAUAUUGACAUCAUUGAAUUGGAGUAAUAUCACACAACCCGUUUAUACGGUGUGGUUUUUAGAGAUAAAAGAGAUGUAGAACACCUAGUUAUUAACUGGACCAUCUUUAGUCAAGUAAUGGAGUCUUCAAACAAUAUCUUGUUUACUUACUGCAACUAAAAUGACUAAUAACCAAUGUUAGGCCAAGCCCGAGUCUGGUAUUAAUAGUAUAUCGGAUGAGAUGU